CGACCCACCACUGAGGAAGUUCGAGAUUAUGCCCUAUGGCUUGGACUCACGGACGACGACCACGACCUGUUUUGGAUCGCCGUGCAAGCUCUCACCACACCUAUACCGAAGCCAUGGGUCCAGUGCCAGACCGACUCUGGUGAUGUAUUUUUCCACAACUCGAAAACGAAAGAAAGCGUCUGGGACCACCC